UGGCAAUGCACGCACUGCUGCAGCACAUUUUCCCUUGGACGAACGGCUAGAACGUCCCAUUUCACAACGCGUUGCCUUUGAAGUUUGCUGCCUUCGAAGGAUGGAGCCUCUGAUUUGGAGCACAGCUAAUGAGCUUAUCUUUCCCAUGACUCCCUGCUCUGGUCUCCGUGGGUGACGGUCUGGCCCCUCCCUCUCCUUGCCGAGCCUUUCUCUUGGAUGAAUGGAGCCGGUUUACAUCUCCAUCUCAGGGUCAGGGUGGGAGUGUGACAACUGCCAAAAAGCGCGCACGAGACCCCAGAUAUGGCUGUGUACUGUGACAACUUCAGUGUUUACCACCAACAGAGUCUACCUGCGACGCAGCGACCAACUGGCUACGGCCUCGGGGACUACGCGACCCCAAACCCAUACCUGUGGCUCAAUGGACCUAGUGUCAACUCCUCUUCGUCUUACAUACAUGGAAACAACAGCCCCUCAUUCAUUCCCCCGGCUUACGGCUCUCAGAGGCAAUAUCUCUCUAACUCCUCUGGGUUCGCCGGUCCGGACCUAGGCUGGCUCUCCAUUGCGAGCCAAGAGGAACUUUUAAAGCUCGUGCGCCCGCCGUACUCGUACUCGGCUCUGAUAGCCAUGGCAAUACAGAACGCGCACGAGAAGAAGUUAACUUUGAGCCAGAUAUAUCAAUAUGUGGCGGAAAAUUUCCCAUUUUAUAAGAAGAGUAAAGCAGGAUGGCAGAACUCCAUCAGGCACAAUCUUUCCCUGAACGACUGCUUCAAAAAAGUGCCGCGUGACGAAGACGACCCAGGGAAAGGAAACUACUGGACUCUUGACCCCAACUGUGAAAAGAUGUUUGACAACGGGAACUUUCGUCGAAAAAGGAAGCGCAGAUCUGAUUCCAGCACAGGUGCUGCCAGCAACACAAAACCGGAGGAUGACCGACAGCUCGCAGGGAUCAAACCCACCGUGAGCCCUCACCUCACCGGACCCGCAUCUCCUGACACGGAUGCGGCCAGUGACGGUCAUAAAGCCGCGUCUCCUGCAGGCCUCGCGAGCGCUCCUUGCUUCAACAAUUUCUUCAACAGCAUGUCUUCCUUAAGCUCGUCUUCGGCUCCGACAAGCAGACAGGGCUCUCUGGGGCUGGUAAACGAACUGUCCAGCCGAAAUAUCAGCGCUUUGAGCCAUUACCAUGGCAGCUCAGCACCUGAGGCGAGUGGAGCGGGUGAACUCCAGGACAGUGUGCACGUGAACCGUGGAAUGUACUAUAACUCUUUUACUACUGGCGGCCAGAGCGCGCAGUUCAACGGACACUUCUACAACAGCUUCAGUGUGAACAGUCUUAUUUACCCUCGAGACGGAACGGAGUUAUAAAUCUAUCAGGCUCGUGAAUAUAAUCCGUAUGUUUUAAUAAGAAAAAAAAAGAUUUAUUUUUUCAACAUUGUGUGAUGCUGAAAUGCAACAUGCCUUAUAAGCAGAUAACAUUCUUUUAAAUGAGACAUUUUGGCCUACACAUCCAUCGAAUGAGUAAAAUCCAAUGUAUUAGUGUCGAAACACACUUCAAUAUUGGAUUCCUUUGUCUUAACAGAGAUUUCCAUAUUAUGUGCCAGUUUUUUGGAUCAUGCACUAAUUUAAAUUGAUUUAUCUUUUUAGUUUGAAUUUCUAAUAGUCUUUAUAUUAGUAUAGUUUGAUGGAGGGAUUUCCUUGGUCUCCAUGAUUGCCAAGAUUCAGUAUUGUCCAGUAUCGAAAAAGUUUAGUCUUAUUUUUUUUAUUUUUUGGGCUUAUUUUUGUAAAUGCAGUUGUUUUGUUUUAUACACUUGUUUUAAACUAUUUAUAUUAAGUUAUGUAACUUGCAGUUUGUCCUUUAAGGAAAGAAAAUUAUGUUGUCUGGGAAGCUAUGGGUAAAAUUAAAUUUUUACCUGUAUAAGUGAUAAGUGAAUUAUUGAAUGUCAUCAUGCCACUAACUCACUUGAUUUAAUGAUGUUUCAUAGCUGAUGAUCUUAGA